CGCAGGAGGACAAGCCACACCCAUGUCGCGCUUCCAGACGCCAAGUCUGGCUCGCGACGGGCUCGUCAGUGAUGCAAAGCAGGUGUCUUCGCUGCGUUUGCGCCCGAAAGUCCCUUAUACGAACCGUCCAAUCUUUCUUCAACUUCGGAAGUUUCGUCUUCAUUCAUAAUCUGCUCAGCUUGUUGUGUACGGGGUAACGCCAGACAGGCGAUAAACAAGUGACGAGCUGCGUACACGCGCGACAAAUUUCCGGUUGCUAAAGUUUAGUGAAAAAGUUUCCUGUGAGUUACGUUGUCCGCUUCCUUCCGUUGUCCCCCGGACAAAGAAUUAUUCAUCACCGAAGAUCAAGUGUCAAUGUUUUCGAGUUAAACGUCAUUUCACUUUUCUGUUGAUUGAGACACGCACCCGAGCGCCGGUAGUAAGAAACACGUCAUCCGUGCAUUUUGGCGGGAAAACUGUCGGGCUUCAGGAAACGUGCCGAGACAGGUGCCAAGUUUGGGGUCGAAAGAUCGGGGAACUUUCGUGAUGUUACUGCCACAUGUUCAUUUCUGGUGGUGCGAUGCGUAAAUGUUGCAAUGGUCCAAAGGUCGUGCCCUACUGUUUGGGAAGAGGUACAUGAAUACACACGGGUUCCUUGACCGCGAAGACAAAUAAAUAGCGAUGUGCUGUACUUUCUUUCCUGGACUUUGUACCCUAUGUGGGUAAUAUGUACAUUAGGAUUUGCUGACUAGUUUUACCGUCGUCAUACUUAUGCAAGAGCGUGUUUUUCGUCCCGGCCUUUGUUCUGGGGACGUUGGCUCCCGUCCUUUUUGAGGUCUUGCCAAGACGUUCACGCAGGUGUCAUUGUGCGCGUGCGGCUUGGCUCCGCGCCAACCCUGGCCGGGGGCAGAGCGACGUCAUUCCGUUGUUGUAUUGUUGUGGGCCGUUUUGUUGCCUCCAUCAACAACCGGGAAAACAAACUUUCCUGUGUUCUUGAGGUUAACUGCGGUCGGCAGGACGAACAAAAGGCAGGUCGCCUUUCAUCGAAGAAGGAUCAAUUACCGGAAAGUUUGGAGAACGGCAACGGAACAGGCAAAAUGAGCCGCGAAGUUUUGUCUUGUUUGUGUGUAACUACAGAGACGCUUAAUUCUUGUUAAAAAGGAGAGAGAGAAAAGAAAGCCAUGGUUUCACCGGAUGCGGAGAGAUCGCUGUCGCCCGGCCCUACUUGACGUCUGACUCGCACCCAAAAGGGCGCGAAAGACGUUUUUCCUGCUUGCGAGGAGGCGCCAGUAGCCUGGCGUCCGUCUCACCUGCCGCCUGACGGGAGCCGUCUGCAGAUGUCGGACGGGAGCUGGGCACGAGUAGAGCUGGGAAACAAACUUAUAUAUAGAGCACCACAAUGAGUGGCUGUGAGGAGGACAGACUUGCCGCCCUCGCUGACUGCUGCACACAAUCAUCAUCAUCAUCAUCACCAGAGGACCAAGUAACCAUGACAACGAGUCCUGCCACCCCCGGGACACCAACCCAGGCAACCUCCUCCCCCAUCCUCAUCCCAGUCCAGCGGUUUCGUUCCAGCCAAGGCUCGGACUCGGGUGUGUCGGUGGGCAGCUUCUCCCCGCGGCACUGCCGCGUGUGUAACUCCCCGCGGGCCUACAGCCCCACCGUCUUUGUCUUCCCCUCCCCGUCUGCGCGCUGUCGAGCCUACAGCCCCUCCCGCACCCAGGGGACGCAGACACCCAGCCCGCUCUGCCAGGUCUUCACCGAGGCCAUGCAGAUCAGCCAGGUCAGCGAGGAGGGUGCCGUAGGAGGGGGCGAAGUCCGCCGUCGCACCAGGAACAUGAGACGUGUGCAGAGUUCGGUUGUUUUCCGGACGCGGUACCACUCCGAGUCGGACAGUGUCAGCCCCACCAGCCAACCCAGCGAGGACCAGAUGGCUUCAUCAGACCCUCUGCCGGACCUGCUCCAGUUCCGUGCCCGUUCCCGUUCCGAGCCUGUACGCGUCAGCCCCGAGGAGCUGGUGGCGCGGGAACUUCGCCGCAUCAGCGAUGAGUUUGACUCCCUGAUGUUUGGUCCAUCCCAGCGACGCUCAAACGGGAAUGACCGCCCUGCAUCCUUUGGUGGACAGGACCUGCAGCAGCGUGAGCAGGGCCAGGAUUGGUUGAGUUAUGUGUUGGCCGUGUUCCGCUCCAAGUCCGCCGACAAUGUGGUACGCCCACAACAGAAGCGGGGAGAUGACCGUGACCAUGGGAACGACGGAAGCGCACCCGCAUAAGGACUGCCAUGACAGACGGAGCCACACCAGACGUUUCUGCACUCACCACAGCGUAGGAAUCACUGACGAGGGACUGGCUCGGUCCCUGUAGUUCCGUACUUCUGCGAUUGGCCAAACACAAACUCUUCUACCUCACAUCAGCUACCAUGUUCCCAUUCAGACUGUGGCAAAGAAAACCAUGUGGCAAGUGCUCCCAUCUUUUGUCCCAGCUCUGCUACAAAUAUGUCAAUCUUUAAAAUUAAAGCAAACAAAAGCAAACCAAAGACAGUGUCUGUGUAGCAUAGUGGAUGGGAGGAGGUUGGUUUCGAUGUUCCAUUUGAAGAAGUGACCAAACUGUAGUGCUAAGGAAAUGAUGUGUGUUCCCAUGUUAUGUUCUAAACUGCUAUCAGACAAUAUAACGCCAGUCUGGCUCCUGUCCGUUACAGUGCCUGUUGUAACCAUUUGGAGCGAGAUGAAAUGUGUAUAUUACUGUUCAGAGUUGCUGAGGCUGAGGCUUGGGCCUGUUGCAGACGAAUUUGCCUUGUAGACCCCAAAAAUUGAAGGACAAACAUUUCUUAGAAAUAAUGUCAGAAAAGUGGAAGGAGUUUGAAUAUUGUACAGAAAAAUACAUGAUUUAAACUACAGUGAAGCAAGCGAGAUAGCUUGUUGUACUGUGUCUGUGAACAGCUUGUUAAAGCAGAUGCUGUAAAUACAAACCUUGCCUUUGCUCCUAUUUAUGAACUAGCUGGUAGAAAACGUGGGACAUUUUGCUACUAGCUGGUCUACUGCAAAUUGAUUGUUGAUUGUCCU